AUGGAGCCUCCUUCCUCCCGCGGCUCCGGCUUCCUCAUCGACUCCCUGCUGGCUCUCAGGCCGCCCGGCGCGCUGCCCUCCCGGGCGCAGCCCCCGGGGCUCGGCCCGGCGGAUCCUCCGGAGCCCGCGGAGCCCCCGGAGCUCCGCCGCGGGCGGGGAGAGCCCGCCGCCGGGCCACGCUCCCUCUGCUCCUCCUUCCUGAUCCGGGACAUCUUGGAGGACUGCGGGUCCCGCCCGGACCCGGGGCGGGUCUGGGUCUGCUCGGACCCGGGACACCCAGACCUGCGACUGGAUGAAGCCUUUCAGAAUAAAAGUCUGGACAGGGCGUCUGUAGAGCACAGCAGAGGGCACGGCGGGACCCCGGACCCGGCGGCGGGUCGCCUGAAGAAGCCCCGUAAGGCUCGGACGGCGUUCAGCGACCAGCAGCUGUCCAAGCUGGAGAGAAGCUUCCAGAAGCAGAAGUACCUGAGCGUGCAGGACCGCGUGGAACUGGCUACGGCGCUGCAGCUCAGCGACACGCAGGUCAAGACCUGGUACCAGAACCGCAGGACCAAGUGGAAGCGUCAGUCAGCAGGUCUGCAGUUUCUGGCUGCAGCUAGCCGAAUGUUCCUGCCCGCACACUUCCUGCGGCCGCUGGCCCCGCCCACCUUGGACUCCUACCUGUACCCAGGCCCCGCCCACCACCACCCUGCUGCCCUGCCUCUAUAG